UCAGAAUUUAAUUGAAAAUAUACAAGCAAAGUAGAGAUAUAGGAUAAAAGAAAAAUAAUGAAAUUAGUUGAAUUUUUCAAAGGUUUAGACUUAUUUUCUGAACCUGUUCAAUUCAAUUCUAGUAGACAGAGAUUCAGAAAAAGGACUUUUUUAGGUGCAAUUUUAACAUUAUUAAUUAUCUUAAUAACCAUCAUUUAUUUUGUGUACUAAUCCUACCAAUAUUUCACUGGAUAAAUGGAUCCCAAAUUUAGAUCAUAAACUUAUGUAUCAUAAAAUAUUGAUAUCUAAGUUAACAAUGAAAUGUUUGGGUUUGAUUUUUUAAAUAUUUACACAGGUUAAAACUUAAAUUAAAAGUAAGAAAAAUAUAAUAAAACAUACUUAGUAUUUGUUGGAUAUUUUGUUCUAACCAAUGGCACUAACAAUUAAAUUGUAUAGUUAGAUGUAAUAAAAUGUUAAAGCCCAGAAUUAGAAGGAUUUAACUGCUUUGAUUUUAGUAAAGUACCUAGCGCAGCUUUGGUAUUAUUAGAUCGUAGCACAAUUUUUUCUUACAUAAAUUUGCUUAUUUACAGAUGCUAAGAUGUUGAUUAAUGGAAAUCUUUUGUUCCUGAUAAUUGUGCAGAUUAAUAAUCUGUAGAUAACUUUAUUAAUCUAGAACCGUUUAUGUUAAAUGUUAAAACAUAAGUUUCUUAAUUUAAUACAACUUCUCAGUAAAUCGAAUUUUAAUAUAGAACUUAGACCUUCAUUAAUUAAGUUAAUACCUUCUCUUAUAAUGAGGUUAGGGUAUAGAGUUAAUAAACUAAAGUGUAAUAAGGGUUUUUAAUUUAAUCUGAACAAAAAUUUUCUUCACCCUAUUCAUAUUCGUUGAAAAGUUAAGUUUAUAAUCGCGAUUAAAUGAUAGAAGCAAAAGGCCUUUACUAUUUUUGUUAAGUCUUCUUUAUUUCAGAUGAAAGCGUAACUUACUUUAAUAUAUAAUAUCCAAUAUUUACAGAGGUCUUAGCACUUUGUAACAGUACUUUAGCCUUAUUGCUACUUUUAGGAUCUUAUUGUAGAAGACUUGCAUAGAAUUUUAUCAGAAGAGAUAUAUUUUUUAUUUUAAUGAAGGAUUUUUUUUCAGGAACAUAUUUAAAUAUCUUAGAACAUAAUAAAAUAGUUGAUAUCAACAUUUAAACUGAAGAAAAUCUAAUUCUCUAGGAUGCAUAAGCUAAAGAAAAGUGUAUUGGAGAUACCGAAGAGAAUAAUAAAAACUAUAUUAUUCCUUGUUUAACACCAAAAUCUAGCUAAAAAGUGUUUUAGUAAUUUACAUAAAAUAAUAAUGAGAUUGCAAAUUAAGAUUAUGUAAAAGAAGCUACUGUAUCUUCAUUCAAAUAAACAGAUAAAUUAUUCGAUUCAUUAAGAAUAAAUGAUGAUAAAAUAUUGAAUAAAUAAAUUAAAUUAGAUAACUCAGGUAUUGAAUUUUAAAUGCCAUUAAAACUCUAGAAAUUUAAUGAAAACGAUUAAACUCCUAAAAUAUUUAGAAAGAAAUAUAUAGUUCAGCAACCCUAGUAACAGAUGAGAGAUUCUAAAACCAGUCUCAAAAGGAAUUAAUCUAUAUUCAGCAAAAACGAAAACAUAGAUAAAGAUUAAUCAAAUUUUACUAAUGUUUAAGAAAAAAGUAAUAAAUAUAAUAAAUAUUCGAUUAAGCAAUUAAAUUAGCACUUUUAAAUGUUGAAUGAUAAAUCUAUGUAGUUAAAACUUGAAUAAAUAAUUUAUUAACCAAAGUAAAUUAAAUUCGUAUAUCAAACAUAAAAUAUAAACACCAAUUACAAAAAAAUUUAAAUUAAAAAUAUAUUUGAAUUUUUUCAAAUUUAAUCAUUAUUAUUAAUUAUCUUUCUUGAUUAUUUUUUUAAAAGAUAUAUAAAAUAAAUCAUUUUUUAUAUCAUAGGUGUAUCAAAAGAAAGGAAUUUCUAAUUUCUAAAGGAGUGAAAUAAUAAAUAAUGAGUCAUUUUGAAAAGAGUAUUGAUGAUAGCUUAGAUUUCUUUACAUUUUAUAAAGAAAUUUUACUACUAAAGAAAGCUGUUAUGAUUUUAUUAAACAAGGAAUAACUUGCUGCAUUAUAGAUUGUUGGAAUGGAUGCAGAAAUAAUAAAUUAAAAUAAGGAGAAUAUAACACUUACUAACUAAUCAGACGAGAUGUAUGGAAACCACUUCAGAGAAUAGUAUGAACUGCUAUAAUCAAAAGAAUUACAAUUACAAUAUAUAAAUGACUUUUUAAAAAGAUGUCAAUACAACAAUUAAAGUUUAGAUAAUUUAGAUAAAAGAAUUUUAUCUUCAUUACUAAUAAAUUAAUGAAAGUUGUUUAUAUAAAUUUAAUUCUUUUCGACUAUCAAUAGCUUAUUUGAAUAAAUUUGUAACAAAAGAGGAACACAAAUAACAUUAAUUAUUUCAUUAUCUUAUUUUUACUUAUUUUCAACAAUAACAAGUGAUUCAAUAAUAUUAAUAACUAUAAUUGUUUGUAUUUUUUUUAUAUUAUUGCUUGUCAGUAUUUGUACUUGUUAUU